AUGGCACAACGGCAGAUUCCGAUCUCUGAAAUCUCAGCUCACAAUAAAGACACUGAUUGCUGGAUAGUCAUUGAUGGACAGGUAUGGGACAUUACCAAAUUCGCUCCAGAGCACCCGGGCGGGCCGGGCAUCAUAUACAAGUACGCUGGUCGUGAUGCCUCAAAGACCUACAACGAGACACAUUCACCAGCGAUAAUAAAGAAUGGUCUACCGACAGAUGCCUUAAAAGGCACAGUUGAUCAAUCGACCAUCACAGAAGAAUGGGCCAAGCCUUUACCCGACGAAGCUCUCACGGCAAAGCCAGCAUCCUCUUCAGAGAAACCACCGUUAGAAUCAUUGAUAAACGCCCACGAUUUCGAACUGGCUGCUCAAAACAGUGCGACCGCGAAAACAUGGGCUUUCUACAGCUCAGCAUGCAACGAUCUCAUCACUAAGGACCUGAAUGCAUCGCUGUUCAACCAAGUUCUCUUCCGCCCUCGAGUAAUGCGACGAGUCGACCGAAUCAAUACCGAAACAACAAUUCUUGGCCUCCACGUCUCCUUUCCUCUCAUGGUUUCGCCAGCAGCCAUGGCUCGUCUGAUCCAUCCGGACGGAGAGCUCGCAAUCGGACGAGCCGCCAAAGAAAAAUCGGUUCUACAAUGUAUAUCACACAAUGCAUCCUAUUCCGCCGGCGAAAUCGUGUCGCAACACGAAGUCCGUGGCUAUCCAUUCUUCUUCCAGCUAUACGUCGACCGACAACGACACAAAUCCGAAGCCCUGCUCCGACGCAUCCACCAGCACGGGAAUAUCCGCGGUAUUUUUGUGACCACUGAUGCCGCAGCGGCGGGAAAACGUGAAGCCGACGAACGAGUAAAAGCCGACGAGUCAAUUCAAAACCCCAUGAUGACCACCAAGGCCAAAAACGACAAAAAAGGUGGCGGCUAUGGUCGUCUGAUGGGUAGCUUUAUCGAUCCGAACCUCAACUGGGAAGAUAUCGCGUGGUUGCGGACACAGACGAAAUUGCCUCUGGUCUUGAAAGGAAUUAUGUCCGCGGACGACGUGCGACUUGCCUUGGAUCAUGGACUAGAAGGUGUAGUCCUGUCAAACCAUGGAGGAAGAAACCUCGACACCUCGCCACCGGCUCUACUUGUUCUGUUGGAAAUCCACGCUCGUUACCCGGAGAUCAUCAAGCAGCACCACCCACGCUCCAAAGCCGUGCGGUCUGGUCUGUCCAGGCCAUUCUCCAUCUUCGUCGACGGGGGCAUUCGCCGCGGUACCGAUAUCCUGAAACUCGUCUGUCUAGGUGCCGUGGCAGCGGGAAUUGGUCGUCCCGCUCUCUUUGCCGCGGGCUACGGACAAGAAGGAGUAGAACAUCUGAUUGACGUCCUCAAGGACGAAUUCGAAGUCGGCAUGCGGAACAAUGGUAUCACGAACAUGGAUGAAUGUUCACCUGAGUACGUGAAUACCGGCGCGAUCGAUAAAUGGGUAGUUAAGAGAGAAGAUCAUCCCUACGCGGUGAGUUGGGCGCGGGGCAAGUUGGCGACCAGUAGUCUGUCUGGAAUAGGCAGAGAGAGUAAGCUGUGA